GUGAGAAACUCGGCUACACCUGCAAAAUGGAUAUGGCAAUGGCUUCCUUCGUCGCCGCUACGCACCACCACGGCAGUCACCUGGCCGCCGGCUUCCCCUACUCCGCGCGAGCAGGCAGGAGCGUUGGCCGCAGCGGCGUCACCAUCUCCAUUAGAGCCCAGAAGAAGAGUAAUAGCGACUCUGGGAGUAGUAGCGGAGGUGGGGACGUGCGGACCAGCAGCGGGAGGCGAGUGUGGCGUCGUCGGAAACUGACCAAAGAAGAUGACAUGUUGCGUUACAAGUUGGAUCGUAUCCCUUUCUUAGAAGAGAAGGUGAGAAAGGUAAGGGAGAAUGGGAAGAUCAUAUGCCUGGAUAUUAAUCAGCUGAUGUUAUCUCAAGAGAAUAGAUUUGCGUUCACCAUGGAGGUGGCUGAAGAAGCUAAUGCCUAUCUUGAGAAGAACAGGCAUGAAUAUGGGUUAAAGAAGCCUAUACUGCAUGUUCUCAGUGAUCGCAUGAAUGAAUCUGGGUUUUCUCGGCCUGAGGGUUACCUUUAUCCUUAUCCUAUCAAGCCUGGCCCUUAUUUCAUUAAAGAGGAAGGAAACUGAGUAAAUCACAUGCUACUUGGAUCGUAAUGCACAAGCUGGGAGGCAGCCUCUUUUCAGAAGGAACUCAAGGAAGUAGUCCUGUAGAGCUUAGUCGUGUUGUAUACACUAUUCACUCUACAAUUGGGAGGAACAAAAAAUUCUCUGAAAUAUAUUGCGUAAUCAAAUGCUCGAAGAACUUGAAAUCAUGGUGGCAGGCGUCAGAAAUGUUGCAAUAAUAUCUUAGUAUUAAUGCAAAGCGAAGACAACGGGCCUUUCAAUUUGGGCGGUUGUAUUUGUUGCUUCAGUGCUAACAGGUGACCAUAUUCCUUAAGCAAGCAUUAAAACGACAAU